UACUUCAACCGAGGGAGUUUGAGAAAGCAGCCCAUCGAGGAUUUUGUGUUACAGGCAUCGUCCUGAACUAAACGUCUGCAUGUUUUGUUCAAGUCUGCCCUGGAAAUAAAGUGGACGUUCGUUGUUGUUGUUUUUUCCCCCUUUAAAGGAUGAGUGGACCGACAUAUGACAGGAAGAUACCCGGUAUUUCAACCGAUCUUUCAGGCUCUAUGAGUUGCCAUCCGACUUCUAAGGACUCUCCGACUCUUCCAGAGUCAUCGGCUACAGACAUGGGUUAUUACAGCAGCCAUCACGAAUACUACCAGAGUCCUCCAUACCCUCAACAGAUGAAUUCAUAUCAUCAGUUUAAUCUGUCUGGGAUGGGGGCAUCAGCCGGACCUUACCCCACCAAGACAGAGUACCCUUACAAUACUUACAGACAAUACGGACAUUACAACAGGGACCUGCAGACGCCACCACAAAGCGCAGUCAAAGAGGAACCAGAGACUGAAGUUCGGAUGGUAAACGGAAAACCCAAGAAAAUCCGCAAGCCGCGCACCAUUUACUCGAGUUACCAGCUCGCAGCACUGCAGCGCCGCUUCCAGAAGGCGCAGUAUCUGGCGCUGCCGGAGAGAGCCGAGCUCGCCGCACAGCUGGGGCUCACGCAGACACAGGUCAAAAUCUGGUUCCAGAACCGGAGAUCCAAGUUCAAGAAGCUUUACAAGAACGGCGAGGUUCCGCUGGAGCACAGCCCGAACGCCAGCGACUCCAUGGCCUGCAACUCCCCUCCAUCCCCGGCUGUUUGGGACAAUAACGCGCACUCUAGCCAGGUCAACCGGGGGCAGAUCCCCCAGCCACCCCUCAGUUCCACACCCCCCUACAUGGAAGAUUACAGCAAUCACUGGUACCAGCAGGGAUCACAUUUACAGCAUCCAGUGCACCACCCAGGACCACCACAGAGCGUGGGGGCCGUGUAUUAACAGACACUGACGGAAGAGUUUAAUAUAAGAGGGAAAGGACUUUUGAAAAACUCAAUAUAAAUAAGCUGAGAGAUGCUCCGCGAGUAUCUGGAGUGUAACAGCACACCUGUGUUGGCAUUUUGUGGACUGUUUGAACGCAUAUAUGUCGCUAUGAAUGCUUUGUGUUGAAAUAACAGUAGUGUAAAAUUAAUAAUAAUAACGAUGUUUCAAUGUGUCCCGGCUACUCAGACCUAUUUCAUAUGCACAUAGGUGUAGGUUAAACAAUGUAAAGGAAGUUUAGAGUGGUUUUAAAUUAUUACGUUUUAUGACUUCCUUUAUUGUCAUGUUUUGUUCAUUGAUAGGUGAAUAUUAAAAAUGUUUUAAAGAACGAUUGAACCCCAAAUUGUGUCGUUAAAAGCCUCGCCACCCACAAUGUGGGCUGGUGUCGCGCACGUCAGAGACUCAGGACAUAAGUUAUAUAGACUUGUACAAAAUGUUGAAAGCUGUACAUACGUGUUUAAAUAAAACAGAACCACUAAAUUCGUGUUACUUCGAAAGACAGAGACUGCACGGUGGUGCUCGAACCAUUUUAUAUUCCUGUAAGUAGUUUUAUUGUUAUUCUGUCAAACUGAAUAAAUGCGAAUUGAAAACA